UGCAGUGGAAGCGUGACAGUGCACUACACGGUGUAGAGCGGCGUCUCUUUUCCUCAACUACAACAGAGGUGGCAGUAGGCCAUCAGGCUCUGUGACAUUGAGCGAUGCACAAGCGCUAUAUCACAGUAUUUCGUAUCACAAUAUAAAGUAGGUAAAUUAAUAGUAGUUGAAAACUAUAUUCGUAAAUUUAAAUAUGCGAGAGUGCAGCUAAUAAAUAAGAAUAAAAAAUAUUUUAUUACAAACACUGAUUGAUGUCUAAUAAAGUUAUAUGUGGUUAGAUGUACCAAGCUCGUUUCAAAAAUAAAUCUGUUGUAUAAGAUUCUUUAGGCCUAAAAGUAGGUACUUGUAUCAACAAAAUGUUCUAUCCGUCACAGUAGUGUAAGCGGUCUCUGUGAUUACUUUUGAAUCUAAAUGCAAAAUUAUUUACUAAGUCUGAAAUUAGAUGUACUGUGUUGUAGACUGUAUUUAUUGGGAUGUCACUUUAACAUUUAAAAUUGUUCAAUUUCUUUUUGUUGCCCUGCAUUUACAUGCAUAUAGAUCAUGUUUUUAUUAAAGAAUAUAUAUUAAAUCAUGUUUUCUUAAAUUUAGAAGUUUUCAAUGUUCUGAUUGUCCCAAUAUUACAGUAGAAAUAAAAUGUUCAUUGUAUUGUGGUAGUGUAGUUGUUGAUAUUGUGAUAUUUUAAGAUAAAUUUAUUAAUAAGCAUUCAAUAGUCUCAAGAAGCUAACCCUGUAGAGUAGAUGCACAAAAUAAAUAGGUAUAGAGUGAAAUUUGAACAUGCACUAGGAGUAACUGGCAUUAAAACUGGUAUUAAUACAGAUCUAGAUCUGUGUUUACAAGACAACUUGGUUGGCUCCUAUCACAACAUGCCCACUCUUCAGUACAAUAAGCUGGCGUUUGAGAUGGACAGCUCUUCUAAAGCAGAAAACUAAAUGGAUGAUGACGAUAUUUUUCAAGUUGACAAAGCUGAUUUAAUACUGGGACCUACUCUCGCGGAACUGAAUGCAAACCCAGAUGCGCUGUUGGAUGAUUUGAAUUUCGAUGAUCUGUUGUUACCGGAAGAAAGUGGCUAUUGUGUUCAGAUAGGAGGUGCAAUGAGCGGUUCUCGUCGAGGACCUAAUGCUAUUCAGGCUCAUAACAUAAUGGCUUCUGAGAGUCCCUGCAGCCCAUAUGGACAUGCGCAGCUUGCAUUUUCUCCUACAAGUCAGCAUAGCUCAGCUUCAUCAAGUUUUGCUCAGCCUAUGAACCAGCUGCCAGAGCUCUUGCUGCGUAUGGAUGGAUAUAGUGGGGAAAUAGCUCUGGGGCAGUCAGUUCCAGCAUCAUCGGUGUUACUUCCAUACCCAACAAGUGUGAAGCCCCAACAGUCUCAGCUCUCCUCUUCGGCACCAACUCACCUCACUAUGGAACAGAUUUGGCAACGCCGAGAGCCUCGCAAGCAUUUGUUGUCUACUAGUUCUUUGGCUGAGGCUGGGUCAGCAUCUUCUCUCUCGGGAGGUCUCCUUAGCCCUGGCACUGGAGACUUCUCACAGGAUGAAGAUGACAGAGACAUUGAAUCUGAUGAAGACAGUGACAGAUAUGAAGACCUCUCUUCUGAUGAAUCAAAUGAUGAAUCAGAGAGUAAGCAAGCUCGCCACAAUGCUAAGAAGGAAAGAUUCUUUUGGCAAUACAAUGUUCAAGCAAAAGGUCCCAAGGGUCAAAGGCUCAUUUUGAAGAACAAAUCUGAAGAUCCUCAUGUUCUGAACUCUGUUACUGAUCCUGUGUUCAGUCCUAGUUGCAGUGAGGGUAUAAAGCACAGUGGAAAAGCAAGAAAAGGUGAUGGCAAUGAUCUAACACCAAACCCCAGGAAAUUGUACCUGAUUGGAAAGGAACUGGAUAAUUUAGGCAAAGUGAUUAAUGACAUGAUACCAGUUAGCGAACUGCCAUUCAAUGUGAGACCUAAAACUAGAAAAGAGAAGAACAAACUGGCAUCUCGGGCUUGCAGGCUGAAGAAAAAAGCUCAGCAUGAGGCAAAUAAACUAAAACUGCAUGUGGAACAGGAGCACAGGCGCCUCCUGAAUGGAAUAGCACAAAUGAAGCAAGUACUGAGCAGCCGAGUCACUAAUUCUCAAAACAAUGUCGACUGGAAUGCACAUGUCACAAACAUAGUUAACACAGCCACAGAGAUUAAAAUAGGAGGCCUAACUUCAGAAUUCGUCAAUAAAGUACUGGACAAAGUCAGAGCAGGACAGAAUAAUGGUGGGUUAAAUGACAUUUAAUUUCUUCAAACUACAGAUUUGUGAGUAACAAAACGAAAGGCUGUUCAAUGUACCUCCAAAGUUAUUUAGAGAAGAGAGUUUGUCUAUCAUAUAAAAGCUUAAUCAAUUGUCCAAGACAAUUUUAUUUUUUUAUGGUAACAAGAGUAGAUUUAGUCACUAGAAGCUUUACAAGGCAACUAGGGGAAUAUUAAUGUAAUCCUCAUUUAUUAUUAUUAUGCCAUAAGUUAGGUGUCAGUGUCAUGUCUAAUAUGUAAGUUAAUAUUAUUCAUAGGGAUCGAGGUUUUUAGUAAACACUAUCAGCACUCAAAUGCUUAGAUAGCAUGCUGUGCUUUUAGUGCUUACUAACAUUAAGGUAAUCUACACAAAUAAAUCACAUGUGUACCAAUCCCAUACUAUUUACAAGGAUGUUGUACUAUCAUCAAGUUACAUAAUUGUAUGACAAUUUGAAAGUGAAUCUAGUCAGACACUAUAAAUAUUUAUAAGCAGCAAAAACUAAUACUACAUUCCUUCUUCAAAUCAUUUCUAUAAAAGUAAUUCUAUCUGGUAAAUGCUAAUAGCUAAACAAAAUUAAAAAGAGGUAUAUUCUGUUUAGUUUUAGCUAGUCGGAAGUUCUUUCAUAACUUCUUUGUAUACAAUAGAACACUGUUGUAUGAAUCUAAUAGAUAUAAAUAAAAUAUUUUAGCUGUCUAGACCAAAAACCAAAUAGUAAUGCAUAUGCUUUGCAAAAGAUUGCAAAACACAUAGUCAUUGCAUAAACAGAUACUGUUUUUUUGUGUUGUCAUGCUUUAAUAACAUUUACAUGUUAUUAUAUUUAAAACA